AUGGCCACUGAGUCUCCUCAAGCCGGCGUGCGCGUCGCAGCUACCCUUCCAGCCCUUUCUCUUCGCAAGAUCCUUCUCGUGCAUCUUAUCAUAUUCCAAGAGGCGCUAUUUGGCUGCCAUGUCUUCGGAAUCAGGAUAUCAUGGCUAAACCGAACGUCACGACCCGGCGUUCCGGAAGCGCUCUUCGACUACGAUCGAUCGGAAUUUGGGAGCCCGGAUCCAACACGACUGAGCCCAGGCAGUGAAUAUCGCGCAGUGGUCUUCAAGCACUAUUGCGAGACAUUUUGCAUCAUGAUGAAGCCUUUCGUAACCCGGCACCUCUGUGGUAAGGAACAAGGCCCGUUGGACAAUUGGGCAGAGAUGGAUGAAUUGAUAUCCCACUCUUGUCUAUUGAUAUCCGAUGGUAACGAUGGUAACUAUGUCUUCGAUGGCACUGCCGAUCAAUAUGGACGAGACUGGAAGACACAUUGGUUCAUGGCACGGGAGGAGCUUGUUGCAAACUUUCUGGAUCCCAAGUACUCGGACCCGAGGGACAUUUGGACGACGGAUAAACAGGGGGAGGUCGCCAAGUGCGAGAGGCUUGAGGGAAAGGAUUGCAGCCACGGAUACUGGGCGGUCGGAUACUGGGUAGUCGCGCGCAGGCGUAUGGAGCAGAUAUUCCAGGAGCUGAACUGGGCAUCUCUCCGUGGGCUGUCGGACGACGAUGUGGAGGAACGUAUCCGUUCCCUGAGCAUGGCCAAGUUUGAGGGGGCAUUCGAGGAAGCACAGUUGGAUUAG